AUGCUGCCAACCCUCCUCCUAGCAGGAGCGUACCUCCUCGCGCCAGCAACAGCAGCCCUGACCUAUCGCGGCGCGGACAUUUCCUCAUUGAUCGUAGAGGAAAACGACGGAAUCUCAUACAAGAAUUCAGCGGGGAAAACUCAGGUCUUGGAAAGUAUUCUUUCCGCUGCUGGAAUCAACUCGGUUCGCCAGCGUGUCUGGGUGAAUCCUAGUGAUGGCAGUUAUGAUCUCGACUAUAAUGUCAAAUUGGCCAAGCGGGUGCAGAGUCAGGGCAUGUCGACGUAUCUUGAUUUGCACUAUAGUGAUACUUGGGCCGAUCCUAACGUCGAAAUCGUCUCUAUCGGCAACGAAAUCCGCAACGGACUACUCUGGCCCCUCGGCAAAACCACCAGCUACAGCAACAUCGCGCGAAUCCUACACUCAGCAGCCUGGGGCGUCAAGGACUCUGAUCUAUCAACCACGCCGAAAAUUUUGAUCCACCUGGACAACGGCUGGUCGUGGGAUCAACAGAAGUAUUUCUACGACACGGUUCUGGCAGCGGGGACGCUGGUAUCGACUGAUUUCGAUUAUAUCGGCGUGUCGUAUUAUCCGUUUUAUAAUAGUGCAGCGACGCUAGCGGCGCUCAAGACUAGUCUUACGAACUUGAAGUCGAAUUAUGGGAAGGAUGUUGUUGUUGUCGAGACUGAUUGGCCUUAUUCGUGCCCGUCGCCGGCUUAUGCUUUCCCCAGUGAUUUGUCGAGUAUUGCUUUCUCUGUUGCGGGACAGCAGAGCUUUUUGACGAAGCUUGCGGCUGUUGUUUCGGCUGUGGGUGGAUUGGGGAUUUAUUAUUGGGAGCCGGCUUGGGUGGAUAAUGCUGGGUUGGGGAGUAGUUGUGAUGAUAAUUUGUUUUUUAGCUGGUCGAAUGAUCAGGUUAGGGCUAGUUUGAGUACGCUUGGUGGAUUGUGA